GCGAGGGGCGUGGCCAAGCUGCUGUCACUCACUGGUCGUUGCCAUGGCGAGCGGGCGGUCCCGAACAGCGGGACAUCCAAUGGGAGACGACGCUGCUUGUGUCACCAUGGUGACGGGGCUGUGCCCAGGGAGGUUGUGAUGGGUUGACAGGUGCGUGACAAUCGGAGCUCUCUGCAAGCAUGUACGCCAAAGGCAAGAGUAGCAACGUGCCGUCCGACAGCCAAGCCAGAGAAAAAUUAGCUCUGUAUGUGUACGAGUACCUGCUGCAUGUAGGAGCACAGAAGUCAGCACAGACUUUUCUCUCAGAGAUCCGAUGGGAAAAGAACAUCACAUUAGGAGAACCCCCGGGGUUCCUCCACUCGUGGUGGUGUGUUUUCUGGGACCUGUACUGUGCGGCUCCGGAGAGACGAGACACAUGUGAACACUCCAGUGAGGCCAAGGCCUUCCAUGACUAUAGUGCGGCAGCAGCUCCCAGCCCUGUUCUUGGGAACCUUCCCCCGGGGGAGGGCAUGCCAGUGGGGCCCGUCCCUCCAGGAUUCUUUCAGCCAUUUAUGUCACCACGAUACCCCGGAGGACCCAGGCCACCCCUCAGAUUACCUAAUCAGGGACUUGGAGGAGUUCCAGGUAGCCAGCCUAUGUUACCCAGUGGAAUGGACCCCACAAGACAACAAGGACAUCCAAAUAUGGGAGGACCAAUGCAGCGGAUGACCCCACCCAGAGGCAUGGUACCGCUAGGGCCCCAGAACUAUGGAGGUGGGAUGAGACCACCACUAAAUGCCCUGGUUGGUCCUGGGAUGCCUGGCAUGAACAUGGGACCGGGUGGGGGUCGACCCUGGCCUAAUCCUCCAAACUCCAAUUCAACCCCUUAUUCUUCUGCAUCUCCAGGAAGCUAUGUGGGCCCUCCAGGAGGUGGCGGGCCACCGGGGACCCCAAUCAUGCCAAGUCCAGCAGAUUCGACCAACUCUGGCGACAACAUGUACACUAUGAUAAACACAGUCCCUCCUGGUGGAAGUCGACCAAAUUUCCCUAUGGGUGCAGGUGGCGAUGGUCCAUUAGGGGGAAUGGCUGGCAUGGAGCCCCAUCACAUGAAUGGAUCAUUAGGGUCAGGUGAUAUGGACAGUCUCCCCAAGAACUCCCCUGGUAACCUAAGUAUGAGUAACCAGCCUGGGACCCCCAGAGAGGACGGGGAAAUGGGAGGAAACUUCCUUAACCCUUUUCAGAAUGAAAGUUAUUCUCCAAACAUGACGAUGAGCGUGUGAAGGCUCUGGAAGCAUGUUUGGACAGUCGCUCAGUAAGCUGGUGUGGAUCGGUGAAAAGCAGAGAGACUCCAUGGCCUGCCUAGUCGGGACAGUUGCCCCAGGCUCCAUCGUUCUACAAUCCCCGCCCCACUUCAAGCCCCCUUCCAUUGUUUCUGUCCACAUCUCUUCUGUCCUGUUUCUUUUCCUUUUCCAAGUGCUGACUCUGCUACAUUCAUCAGUUUUUCCUCUGCAACUAUGAGACUGUACAAAGGAACCAAAUUGAAUCAACCCAGAGGACAACUCUUUGUAUAUUUGCAUACAGUGUGUAUGAGACUGUCCACACACUCCAGUCACAGACAGAUGUCUCUGCCUUUUUGCAUCAUAUCAUGCCCAAAAUGUCCAUGCCCAAAAAUGAAAGGCCACAAUUGUAUUUAUCCUAAUGUUUACAUUUUCAAGGAUUUAAAAAGAUGAAGACACUUUUUUUGGCUGAACAUAUGUUUUUGUUUUUUGGUUUUUUUUCUUGGCAAACUGCUUUGUCCAUUACUGGAAGAGAAUUGGAGACAUGACAGUAACAUCUCACCAAACCUCCAGCUUGUGCAGAAAUGAUUGGUCUAAAAAUUUAAGACCACUUACAUUGUAUUUUACAUUUUAUGCUCUGUGUCUUAGAAUUUCUUUUUAUUUUUCAUCACCAAACUCAAACCACAAAUCUGGAAAAUGUAAGAUAUUUGCAUCCUGGAGACGCUAAUGAAAUGCAGAUCGAAAGCAGCCUGAAUUGCAUUUUAAAUUUGAAAUCACACUGAACAGUUAUUGAGAAAAAAAGAGCUUUGUUCAUUGCUUAAAAGACCAGUGUGUUGGAUUUAGUGGCAUCUAACCCCUUCUCCUCACCCUCCCCUACAAGCUAGCGAAACUCAGUCAGUCCUGCUCGAAAGCCAGUAUUUGGUCAGUCCUUUGUUUGCCACCGUAGAAAUGCAGCAGACUCCCUGCGAGACUCCCUCUGUAGGUAUUAAAAGGUUUGUUCUAAGGUAACAGAAACGUGAUUCUCAGAGUCGGGUUGUUAUACGUCAAUGAAAACAUAAUUAGGAUUAUUAUAUUCAAGUAAUGCUACUAGAUCCUCGUAGAUCCUUCACACUGGCCCUUAAAGGGAAAUUAUGUAACUUUUGUUGGCUGCAACAGUAGCCACUGUUGCUUCAAGUGACUUUACAGAAUAACAAUAAAUGAGUCACAUAGUCAGUGGAGUGGCUCCUUUAUUGAAUAACAUCUAAAUCCAGUUGGCUAACAUUAGCCAUUAUUUAGCAACCGAAUGCUAAUGGUCAUACCAGACCAAGGAAUAAGGUGUUAUCUCAUCUUUCAAGAGUUACAUCAUCUCGCUUUAAAUCAUGUCAGAUCACUAUGUUAACUGUAAUUUUACUGGAGAAAGAGAGAACUGUAAGGGUCACACGGGGGAAUAUUGACACUGUCGAACUCCCCAGUGUGAGCGCCAUACUGGGUUCAAGGAUUUUACAUUGUGUUGACUGCACAAGCACGGGACAACGCUUAAGAUGAGGUGUGCAGAAGAUAAUUUUUUUUAGUGUGACCAUUUUAUCUAACGAGAGGGGACAGUGACCCUGUAUGUGUAGCCGUACGAUUUGUCGGUUUUGUUUGCUGAGGCCUCUCUAAAAUCUGGUUCUUUGGACCUUUAUCCAAAGGGUUUAUCAGCACCACAUUCUCCAGAUGUUUGAGUCAGUGUAUGCGUGGUAAACUGCAAGACACAAGCUUAAAAAGUCACUUUGGUCACUCAUACUUCAUUGUCAUCCGGAUAAACUGUGAUCUCAGUGUGAUGAAGAUUGGUUGGUACAAAAAGGUAAAAUAAGCUUGUUUUAAUCAACGUUUUAACUUUGUUUUCACUGCCCAAGAUGUAUCAUCAUCAUGUACAAAAGGUCAACAUGCCUGUGAACAUUCUCCUUUCCCCCUCCCUUACUGCAAAGUGUACAGCUCACAAAUGUAGCUCCUCUGUCCUAUGUGUGUAUUUGAUAUUAUUAUUAUUAUUUAAAGAAAAAUCUGGAGAGAAUUACUGCAAAAGGGAGGGAUGGACUGAUUGUGCACCAUCACAGCUGAACAGAGAUAUUUUAUUUUGUUUUUGUGUUAGAUUGAAGCCAUAAGUGGGUGUACAAGAAGACGCAUUUGUAAAUUUGAUCAUGUUUUCUGUUUUGUGGCAGUACGUGGGACUCCAUUUGUGAUGUGUUCAUUUUCUCUUUUUUAUUCUUGUAUUAUUUUUUUGUAAAUACACAGAGAAGUAUUUCAUGGGUUUUGAAUAUGCUAGUAUAAAGCUUCUCUUCCCUUA